AUGGCAUAUUUCUCGAAACUUCCGCAUGGCAUUAGGACCACGUUGAUAACAUUGACUUGGUUUCCAGUUUUGUAUACGUUAUCGAACCAUGUAUAUCAGCCAUGCCAAAUUACAGGUAUGUCAAUGACACCUACGUUUAACCCGGGCACAGAAACUAUGAGUAAUGACGUUGCGUUGGUUCAAAAGUUUAACCUUAAAAAACCUAGCUCAUUGCAUCGGGGUGAUGUGAUUAUGUUUAGAUCACCACAAGACCCCGAGAAGUUGUUAACUAAGAGAGUUGUUGGCUUGCAAGGUGAUGUGAUUGCGACCAAGACUCCUCCAUAUCCAAGACCCCAAGCCACAAUACCCAGAAAUCAUUUAUGGGUCGAGGGGGACAAUAUGUUUCAUUCAGUUGAUUCUAAUAAUUUCGGACCUAUUAGUCAGGCAUUGGUUAUAGGGAAGGUAGUUGGGAUUAUAUGGCCGAUUUCUAGGUUCGGAACUGAUAUUUCGGAAGGUGGCAGGGACGCAAGAAAAACAAACGAAAAUUUACAGGUGAAACUGUUGGAUGAUAUUAAAUAG